AUGGAUAAUGCCAGCUACCACUCAAGACGUCAGGAGAAAACCCCAGUAACAAGUUGGAAAAAAUAUGACAUUCAACAGUGGCUAUCUUCAAAGGACAUUUCUUUUGAGGACAAUGACACAAAAGCUCAAUUAUUAGAAAAAAUUAAAAAUGUUAAACCUCAAUAUCAGUCCUACGUGAUUGAGGAAAUGGCGAAAGAAGCUGGUGUGGAGGUAUUAAGAUUACCUCCUUACCACUGCGAGUUAAAUCCUAUAGAGUUGGUUUGGGCAGAUGUCAAAGGGUAG